AAAAACAAUGUGACAUAUUAUGCUGUGCUUUACCAUGGAAUAAACAAAAAAAAUCUUUUCAGAGGCAGCAAGAAACAGGCACAAGUAAUUACUGUAGCUGAGCAUGCUUACAAGCUGCCAUUUUGACAGGCUGGUGACUGCUGUUCCUGCUAGCUGAUCGGAGAAGGUGGAAUGCAGAGUGAUAAUGCUACAUAUCUGCUGUCAGGCAGUGGAGUAGGGUUUUGUCUUGUAAAGGCAAGGUUUCUCUGCAGUGUUAUCUCAACAGCUUGCUAGCUACUCAGUGAAAGCUGGUGAUCCAGGAGAAGGGUGGUGCCCUUUCCUUUUGCUGCCCUUGUGCACUGCUGGCUUGCUCUGGUAAACAGGCAUUACUGAAGAAGCAGGUGUGCGGUUCAGCUGGACUCUGUACUGCAGGCUGGGCAAAUAACCCUCUCAGGUUUAUGUGCUGCUUAUUAGCAGAUUGGCUAAGGAGAUUCUGCCUCUGGACUUUUCCACAAAGGGAAGCUGCUGUGCAUCUCGGCUUGUGUAAAAGACUUGUGUGUGAGUUAAGCUUAUUAGGAGAGAACCCUUCAUAAAGGGCUAAAUCAGCAAGCGCUACGUAUACUGAAAGUUCUCACUUCCUCUGCACUUGAGGCACAGAGAAACUUGUCUAUCUGGAAAUCUGAAGACUUUUAUAGCAAAUCCUCCAGGGUCAAAAUGAAUACAGAUAGCGGUGGGUGUGCUCGCAAGCGUGCUGCAAUGUCUGUCACAUUAACAGCUGUGAAGAGAGUUCAAAGUUCUCCAAACCUGCUGGCUUCAGGGUCUGAAUCUCAGUCUCCAGAUUCAGCUUGGAGAUCAUAUAAUGAUGGAAGUAGAGAGACACUGAAUGGAGACACUAGCAGUUCAUCUCUCACAGCAAAAGGUUUUAGGAGUGUGCGGCCAAACCUACAGGAUAAAAAAUCACCAACUCAGGCACCUCUGCCACCCCCUAGAAAAGAAAGUUUUCAGAGAGCAAGAAUAACUAAUCACAAAAAGGACAGAAUUAAUCUCCUGGCAGUAACAACUGGGCCAGCUAAACACCUCCCCACAGAUACUGCCUACUGUACUAACGAAGAGUCUGUCCAGAAGACAAUGUCUUCUCAAAUAUCCAACACAAGCAUGUCCUAUGUGCAAAAAAUCACUAAACCACUGGCCUCAACCUCCAGUGUGGGCACGAGCACGGUAGCUGGCAUUAGUGCUACUCUCUAUCAAGGCCACAGACAGCAGUCUCAAAAGCGUAGGAUAUCUACCCUGAAAUUAACCCGGACACAAGACCCAGCAAGUAGCAUUCAUUGUAAUACACAGCAACAGCUCAAGCCUGUUGAAGUGCCAAUAUUUCCACAAAGGCCUGUUUCACCUGCCUGUAACCCUGUGCCUGAGAUACACACAGCAUCUCUUUCCAUUCAGAUAGCUCCCAUCCCUGACAAUAAAGCAGAGCCUGAAAUCCAAGAACAUCCACCUAGUAUUUCUCCAGACACUUCAAAGAUGCCUUCAAAGGAUUUGGGACAAAAGUCUACAGUUCUUCCUUCUGCACAGGCUGCAGAAUGCCAUGUGCUUGGAAACCAGAAAGUAACUGCCCCUGUGAUGGAGGUAAAUGCUUCACAGACACACAGACAAACAGCAACAGAAGCUUCUCCACUGCCUCUUCCUCCUCCUGUGGUACCAGUUAACAGAGCCUCUUUCUCACCAGACAGUGGCACCCAUCUAGUACCAUAUUCUUUGCCAACGCUUGAUGAUUUUUUGCCUUCACGCUUUUAUAAAACCCCAGCCCUUUCACAGUUUUCAUAUAAAUACCCCUUCCUAGCUUCUGAAAGUAUUAUCCACAGGAACGAAACAGCCUCUGUAAGCACAGACUCUGCCAUGAGCGAGUGCUCCUCCCGCACAGUGAGCGAGUCCUCCACAGCCAUUCUAGAUGAGCUACAGACUUGUAGCUAUGAUACUACUGACUGCUCUGAAACACCUUCCCCAACCUUGAGCCAGAUGUCUGCUGUGUCAGAUGGCACCACCUUAACCAACACUGCUGCCACUUCUCAUGCUCAGAUUGCAGUGAAUGGGAACUCUGGCAUUGCUGCCAGCCCAGUGAGUCACUUUCAAAGGCCUUUUUCCCCUUCUUCAGCUUUCCCUCCACCAGCUUCUCUCAAUUCCAACAUUGUUAUCAUGCAGCAUGGCAGGAUGAUGGAGCCCACAGAGAUGUACUCACAGCAUGUUCAGGCUGUUGGCAGCAGCACCACCACCAGUACAAUACCCAUCUGUAGAUCCUCAGAGGAAGAGAAAAAAAUUACAGUCAUUAAAGCUCCACAUUAUGCAGGGAUUGGCCCGGUAGAUGAAUCUGGAAUCCCUACAGCAAUUAGAACGACAGUUGACAGGCCGAAGGAUUGGUACAAGACAAUGUUCAAGCAAAUCCAUAUGGUUCAUAAGCCUGAUGACGACACAGACAUGUAUAAUACUGCAUAUGCAUACAGUACUGGUAGCUACAGUCCAUCCUUCUCUGCUCAGGCACACCCAGCUGCAAAAACUCAGACCUACAGACCAUUGUCUAAAAGUGCUUCUGACAGCAGCUCUGAUGCCUUUAAGGUUUCAUCCCCUUUACCACCUCCGCAUGUGCCACCUCCAGUUCCACCACAUCGUCUGCGGGAAAGGUCUGCAUCAGAAAAAAAUGACUGGGAUCCCCCUGACAGAAAGGUAGAUACCCGCAAAUUCCGUUCUGAACCAAGAAGUAUUUUUGAAUAUGAGCCAGGAAAGUCAUCAAUCCUUGAACAUGAAAGACCGACUGAUCGCAUAAAUCCAGAUGACAUAGAUUUAGAAAAUGAACCCUGGUAUAAAUUCUUUUCAGAACUGGAGUUUGGACGUCCGCCACCUAAAAAGCUUUUGGACUAUGUUCAAGACAGUUCUCCUGGUGUUUCCAAUGAGACUUCCUUAUAUCAUCAUUCUUCAACAGACAAAGGCCUGGACAGGCCCUCUAGUUCUGCAAGUACUGCGAGUGACUAUAGAAAAAGGAGGAAGUCAGAACCUGCUGUAAGUCAUCAGAGGGUGCACAGUGAUCAGAACGCAAGCAGGCCUAGCCUGGGCCGUACAGAUACGCAAGGCUCCUAUACCACCCUUAGAAAGCCUUUAACUAGUUCUUCUCCUUCUUCUCCAUCACGAGCAAAAGGUGGGGAUAUUAGCAAAGUAUAUCCAUCCCUUUUCAGUUAUUCAGUGCACAAUCACAACACCUCAAAUGAAUUAGAUUACUGUAGCACUUACAGACAACAUUUAGCUGUUCCAAGCGAUUCAAGAAGGGCAGUCAGCUACAAGAAUGGCUGGCAAAUGACUCGUCAAAAUGCAGAAGUCUGGAGCAGCACAGAAGAAACUGCUUCUCCCAAGAGAAAAUCUCGCAGCUGUGACGAUCUGUUAACAGAUGGCCGUGAUAGCUUUCCUGAUGCACAGGCCAAGUCUGAAAGCAUGGGCUCUCUUUUAUGUGAGGAGGACUCCAAAGACAUUUGCUCAAUGAACUGGGCCUCCCCAUAUGUUCCUGAGGGCCAUGGUAAUAGUAGGUCAAGAGUUCGUCACAGAUCUGCACAUGAUGCUCCGGGUUUCCUAAAAAUGUAUAAAAAGAUGCACCGCAUCAAUCGCAAGGACUUGAUGAAUUCUGAGGUGAUUUGUUCUGUGAAGUCCAGAAUAUUACAGUAUGAAAAAGAACAGCACAAAGGUAUUCUUCAAGGCUGGAGAGAGUCUUCUACUGAAGAGGUGCCUAGACAUAUGGUGCCAACCAGGAUAUCUGAAUUUGAAAAAUUAAUUCAGAAGUCAAAAUCAAUGCCGAAUCUAGGUGAUGAAAUGUUGUCAACUGUUACGCUAGAGCCUCCUAAAAAUGGCUUAUGUCCAAAGCGGCGAUUUUCUAUAGAAUCCCUGCUGGAGGAAGAAAAUCAAGGUAGACAUCCCUCUCAGGUACAACGAAACUGCAAGUCUAAAACUCUCGUGCCAAUUCAUAUCGAAGUGACCAGUGAUGAGCCACAGCGAUCGCAUAUGGAUUUUUCAGACAGUGAUCAAGAUGGAGUGGUUUCUGAUCUCAGUGACUUUAUCCAGAUAGAGGGUUCAUCCUUUUGUAGUGAAAGUGACUUUGACCACUUCUCCUUCACCUCUUCUGAAAGCUUCUAUGGAUCAGGCCAUCACCACCACCAUCACCGGCAUCUCAUUAGCUCCUGCAAAGGGCGAUGCCCAGCCUCCUACACCCGCUUCACCACCAUGCUGAAACAUGAAAGGGCUAAACAAGAAACCACUGAAGAUCCUAGGAGGCAUGAAGCAGAAUCUGGCCUCUCUAAGAUAGCAUUUCUAGUCAGUCCAGUGCCUUUCCGGAGGAAAAAAAGUGCAGCUCCUAAAAAAAAGGCUGAAAAGACAAAAUGCAAGUCAUCUGUAUUUGAAGCACUAGAUUCUGCGCUUAAAGACAUCUGUGACCAAAUUAAAGCUGAAAAAAGAAGGGGAAGUUUGCCUGACAACAGUAUAUUGCACAGACUAAUUACUGAGCUGCUUCCAGACAUUCCAGAAAGGAAUUCAUCUCUUACAGCUCUGAAAAAAAGCCCCAUGCACCAGCCUUUUCAUCCUCUGCCUCAAGAUGGUGCUAUUCAUUGCCCACUGUACCAGAAUGAUUGUGGAAGAUUCCCUCUUAGUGCCUCUUUUCAAGACGUGGACGCAACUAACAACAACAACCAAGACAAUGAUAGUGCACUGUGUUUCCAAGACCAGGAAUCUCCUGGAAGCUAUUCUGCUUUCACUGAUGUGGGACGAUGUAUUCCAAGGGAGAGAAGAGGAACUACGGACAAAGAGAAACUGCCAGCUAGAGCUGUAUAUGACUUUAAUGCUCAGACUUCUAAAGAGCUGUCCUUUAAGAAAGGAGAUACUGUCUAUAUCCUCAGGAAAAUUGAUCAAAACUGGUAUGAAGGUGAGCACCAUGGAAGAGUUGGAAUAUUCCCAAUUUCUUAUGUUGAGAAGCUUUUUCCUCCAGAAAAAGCACAACCUGUGAGGCCACCUCCCCCUGCACAGAUUGGAGAGAUUGGAGAAGCUAUUGCCAAAUACAAUUUCAGUGCAGACACAAAUGUGGAGUUAUCGCUCAGAAAGGGAGACAGAGUAAUUCUUCUUAAGCGAGUUGAUCAAAACUGGUAUGAAGGCAGAAUACCAGGAACCAACAGACAAGGCAUCUUCCCUGUUUCCUAUGUAGAAGUCAUCAAAAAGAAUGCAUCAAAAAGCACUGAUGACUACCCUAAUCCUCCAAUACCCCAAAGCUAUUCUAGUGACAGAAUACACCAUUUAAGUUCAACUAAGUUGCCUUCUCAAGCACUGUCCCCACUUCCUAGAUACCAUUCCUCCUCUUGGUCACAUGUUGAUCAAAAGCUCCUCCAGGCUGCUACUAGUGACUGGUUUUCACAGACUGUGAGUUUUUUCCUUCAAGCACGUACGUGCACCUUACCUUCUCCACCAUUUCCAAACGGUUUUCUUUGUGAUGUAGAAGAACUCAGCUCUUUGGCCUUAACAGCAUCCCGAUCUGCAGCAAUUCCCCCAAGUAAUUUCAUUCACCAAGCUAAGGAUGAUCAUUCUAUUCCAAAUACAAAGGUCCCUCUCAGCUCUCCUAUAGCUCUUCCUCAGCCCUUUCUUGUAUCUACAUCUGUCUCAUCUUCAGCCAGCUCAUCUCAUGACACAGCACAUAACCAUAUAAGCAACAAUACCAAACUGAGAAAAGAUAAAGACUUGCAAGGGAUACUUGGCUCUUCAGUUAUCAAAGUAACUAGAGACUUGUCAGAUACUAAAAGAGAACGUGAACGUGUUGGCACCAUUUCUGAUAUCUCUCUGCCACAUAAAGGUGGCUCCGUCCCCAGAGUGCUAGUUGCAACUGCUGAACAUGAAGAGGAAAUCGGUACAGGAAAUCUAUCAGUUCAUAUAGGGGAUCAGUCAAAGCUUCAAGAAUCAGAUUUCUACAGAGAAGCACAAGACACAACAGAAAAAUGGCCAAGUCUCUAUAUAGAGGAGGAUCUAAGACAUGACAAUCUAGAAUUUCCAAUAGCAAGUAGAGGAGACACCAUGGUAUAUUAUAAAGGAUAUGCUUCACCAAAUAUCGAUAAGGCUGAUUUAAAGAGAGAGAUAUUUGUUAUGGGUAAACCUCCUCGUAGCCCUGUGAUGACUAAGAGAUCCUGCAGCUCACCUGUCAGAGGUCACAGCUAUUCACACAGGCCACAGCGCCCUGUGUUUGCUCAUGAAAACAUACACACUGGGGGGGAACCGUUUCAGGCUCUGUAUAACUAUACCCCUAGGAAUGAAGAUGAAUUGGAGCUCAGAGAGGGAGAUGUCAUUGAUGUGAUGGAAAAAUGUGAUGAUGGAUGGUUUGUGGGAACCUCAAGAAGAACCAAAUUCUUUGGUACUUUCCCUGGAAACUAUGUCAAGAGGCUGUGAAUUUUUUUUCCUACUUAUUUAUGCUGCAUCUCUACAACACAUCUGCAUAAAGCUGCUAGAAAACAUGCUACGCAGGCCUUCUGUUUUCUUGCUUGCAGUCUCACAUAGAGGCCAUCUAGUUCAUCCUCAUCCCAUCCCAUCCGCCAAACUUUCCAGCAGUAUUACAGCAACGACUACAGCGUCAAAAGCUAAACUUUUCUGAAACAAGAGGAAUCGUUUCAACAUUUAAGUACUCGUUGUUUUAAACAUUUUUUGAGACACAAGAAUAGGAAAAGCCUGAUGACAGGUACACAGGUGAAUUGCCAUGGGGGUUUGGGGUGGGCUGUUCCUGUUUUGAGCAUUAGUGGUACUAUCAUGUAGCAUUAUGGAAAAAAAAAUACAUAUUUUCAACAUGCACGUGUUACAGAGGGGAAGUUGCUGUUUACUAUUAACAAAAAAAAAGUUAUUUGAGUUUCAAAAUUAUUUUUAGCUUGGCAGCACAUGUUGCUUUCACUUCGCUGUAUCACAGGUUUGCCUAUUGUACUGGUUUACAAUGUAUGAAAAAUUAUAAUACAGAUUUUUUUGCCUGCACUUGUAUGUUGUAACAUAUGCACAGUCAUUAUAAAAUCUCAAGCAAGCAUAGUGAAAAAACAGGGGAACUUAGAAGUGUUCUGAAUGGGUGCAAUGGUAUGGGCUAAACCUUUCUUUUUUUUUCCACAAAAAGCUAUAGUGUUUUUUGUUAAAAGGUAAGAAAGUGCAAGAGGUAUGAAACCUUGCUAAACAGGAUUUAAUGAAGAGACAGACAAUGAUAUAAGCAUAGACAAUAAUAACCUGCUACUGAUGUCUGACUUUAAAUGGUUGUAAUCAAAAUGUUGUAAUAGUCAGCAACAUGAAAUGUGACAGUUUAGUGUUUUUACGUAUCACAUGAAUUUUAAGCAGGACGUAAACAGUGUUAGUGUAAAGUUUUCUAACAUAGCCACCUGAAAAAUAUUCACAAGUAUCAUGUACUGAUUUUAUUUCACUACAUAUAUAUGUUAACAAAACCUGAGCUACACAUUCUUUUUUAGGAAUUUAGUACAGAAAAAAAAGUCAUACAUAUUGAAAACUGAUACAUUUUAGGUUUUUUUUCCUGAAUGAACAAGUAUUUGAAAACAUAUACUUUCCUUAAACAAAGGCAAACAUAAACAAUAUAUGAAAUUAAGGCACAGGAUGGUAACAACUAUGGCUUUAUACAAAAAAAAAUCGGAUUUGGUUUCUUCAGCACCUUAUAGAUGGCAAAAGCUUUUACUGUAUUUCUCAUGGGUAAAGGAUUGAAAUUAUCAAAAUGUAUUUAGUCUCUGUAGCAUUUUGUACAUAUGUUUGCUUUUUUUUUGUACAGAGCCAUUUUGUUGUUGAUUUAAAAAAAAUAAAAUUAAGUUCCUUAUUUGAUUUUUGCCCUUUUCCACAUAUAAAACAUUUCAGUGCAUUUUUAUUUACUUGCCCAACUUACCAUAAGGACAUCUGGGUAGUGCAAUUUUGUAAAAUAGCAUUUUAUGCAGAAUUUUAUUAAUUAAAAUAUGGUUUACCAGCCAAAUCUAAAUGUACAUAUGUCUUUAUUACUCAGAAAUGUCAUUAAGACAAAGGUAAAGAAACAUCUUUGUGCAGCAUACCUUUAUUAUUGCAGAUUUCAUGGCAAAAGCUUUAUAUUUCAAAGGCUUUCAAUUUUAAAUUAGAUCUGCAUGCAGCUUUGCUGUGAAAUUAAUACCUAUCUUUGAUGCCAUUUAUGAUUGAAGACUUAAAUAUCUGUUGCCUGUGAUAUUUAAAAAGUACUGUUUCUACUCUGUAUCUGAUUUAAAAAAAAUAUAUACAAGUUUUUCAUACCUGUCUUUCAGGUAACUGACUUGGAAUUCUUACAAGCAAAAGGUCUCUGUGGUUUUUUUUUUUCCUUGAAUAGACUUCUAAUAAAUUUUGCUUGGAGUACACAA